AUGAAAUCGAUGGUGGUGUUAUUCGCUCUUUGCGCCGUGGCUUGCGGCUCAAUUUUGCCUCUGGCGCAGCCAGCAUACCACUCAGCGCUGGUACUGGACCCACAUGGACGUCCUCUUGACACCGCUGAAGUAAUCAAUGCGCGUGCACUACACCUGCAAGCUAAGGCUCUGGAUGGACACUACGGUCACGCUGCUCUCGUUACACCCUACGCUCACUCAGUUGCUGUCGCUCCCGCUGUGGUUGCUGCUCCUGCUGCGGUGUCUCACCAGUCCCGUGUGGAUGUGCGUCACAGCCCAGCCAUCGUGAGCCAAGCCGUCAUCGCUCCCGCAUACGCCCAUGCCGCUCCCCUGUACGCCCAUCCUUCUCCUCUGUUGGCCCACUCCGCUCUCGGCUACGCUGGUCACUACCUGCACAAGCGUUCCUUAGGUCACUACGCGUACGCUGCACCGACUUUAGUCGCUGCACCAUCCGCGGUAUCACACCAGUCCCGUGUUGACGUAAUCUCCAGCCCCGCUGUGGUAUCUCAUGCCGUGGCCGCACCUGUAUUGGCUCAUGCCGCUCCCGUUGUAGCUGUCGCACCUGCCGCCGUCUCCCAUCAGUCUCGCGUAGAUGUACGCAGCAGCCCUGCCAUCUUCGCUCACGCUGCCGUUGCCCCCAUCAGCUACGCCGCUCCAUACUAUGGUCAUGGGUACUACAACUCUGCCCCCCUGGCCCAUGGCUGGUGA